UGAAAAAGAAAAAAAAAUACUCGAACCUAUUCUUUCUGACAAAACUUUCCCAAAUGAUAAACUUUCUGAAAUUCUUUCUCAACUUCAAAAUGAAUCUAAUGAAUGGUCAGAAUCACGCAUAAAAACUUAUUGGCGAAAUAAUCGAUUAAAUAAAUAG